GCAGAUAAGUCAAUGAAAAUCAGUUUGAUUUUUCAUUGACGAUGUUCGUCAAAUUUGCUAUUAUCAGACAAUUGAUCGAAAGAAUGCAUCUGAUAUUUUGUUUCUCACUCUGAAUGCUUUGAAACCAAUAGGGAGAUAUUCCGAUGAUUAGACAAAUUCUCUUUUACCUAUGCCUCUGCUGUGUAUUCGCAUCUCUAUCUUAUGCCCUUGAUACCCCUAAAAUCUUUACAAAAGAUAAUGUGCUCGCUGCGGGGUGUUAUAAUGACGGAUUUAGCAGUAGUGAUAUGACCCUGAUUAUACAACUCACUGUCGGAAAGGAUGUUAUUUUUGACGAGGGCGUUGAGGUGAAAUAUCAUGUUCCUGACGAAGACGUUGAUGGUUGGACUGAACUCGAAUUUGACGAUACGAACUGGAAAAAGGACAUCACCAGCAUUGGUUAUGGUGAUGGUGAUGACAAUACCGAAAUCAAAUCAGAAACGGAGAGAGGGUGGGCAUCAGAUCCGUACCGUCCCAUCUAUCACAUGUCCUCUCUCUACGGCAUGGGGGAUGCGAACGGUCUUUGCGAAUGGCAGGGUAGGUAUCAUCUGUUUUAUCAAUUCGGUCCGCCGGGUGCCAAUCGGGUGCACUGGGGACACUGCUAUAGCGAGGACUUGGUGCACUGGCACGAUCUGCCGCCGGCGUUGUAUCCAGAUACCGAACUGCACUGCUUUAGCGGUCAGUGCUCUGUGGAAGAUGAACGGGUUAUCGCUCUCUACCACGGCAAAAUGUCGGGGAAUAGCAUCGCCACUGCCAGCGAUCCACUCCUACUCAACUGGAAAAAGCAUCCGAAUAAUCCGGUCAUUCCGAAUGUCGAGACUAACCAAUACGAGCAGCCCUACAACGUCUUCGAUCCGUGCAUCUGGAAAGAAGAGGACGGGUAUUAUUCGAUCUCAGGGACAUCGGCUAACGGUUGGAUUCGCGAACGGCGCAGAUCUGCUUCACACCUCUUCUAUUCACAAGACCUAACCCACUGGGAAUAUCUCCAUCCGUUGCUGAUUGACGAUGUCUUCUGCGACUUGGGUGAAGAUGGUGCGGUGCCAAAUUUCCUGCCUAUCGGAAACGGUAAGCACAUCCUGCUCCUCUUCAGUCAUAAGCGUUCGGCGCGCUACUACAUUGGUGAAUACGACUAUGGGACACACAGGUUUACACCUGAAUACCACGGUAGAAUCAACCACGGCACCUUCGGUGGUGGGAUGGUCUCCUGUCCUUCUGCGACAAUAGAUUCCCGCGGUCGCCUCAUCGCCAUUUUAAAUUGCGCCGAUGGAAGGCAGAGUGAAGAAGCCGCGUCGGGGUUGUGCAUGACGCUUCCGUGGCAUCUCACGCUGAAAGAGGACAACGCGCUGGCGAUGGAGCCGGUAGAAGAGGUGAAAAAUUUACGCGCUACGCACACUCGCCUCACGGAUAUUGCGGUGUCGGCAAAUAAAGAACGUGUCCUUGACAACGUAGCCGGCAAAGCGAUUGAAAUAGACAUGACCGUAGAGAUCGGGACAGCACGGGAAUUCGGGUUGUAUGUAUUCCGUUCACCAGAUGGCGAUGAACGGACAAAAAUCUCUAUCUACAACCACAGACACGGCAAGACCAACGAUAGUUUGCAGAUCGACACAUCCUAUUCCUCCCUCCGUACAGAUCUUGUCGGUAAACCCCCAGAAAAUGCACCGUUCCGUCUGAGCAGUGACGGCAAGGUCCGUCUUCGCAUCUUCCUCGACCGGAGUCUUAUCGAAGUCUUUGCUGACAACGGGGAAUGUCUGCCAGAAUGGGCAUUUCCGAGAAAUGGCAUCGACAAACUAUUUCCACUGUUUUCGCGGCAGUGUGCCGUUGCCCGCGUCUAUCCGCUACGAGAAGAGAGCAACGGGAUUUCACUUUUCGCAAUCGGUGGCGAGGCGAAGGUCGUGUCGAUGGAUGUGUGGCAGAUGCGCUCCAUCUGGCAGGAGUUGAAGUAUCGGGAAGGGGAGUAG